AUGUCCGUCGAAGCUACCAUGAGAGCGAAGCUGGAAAAGGAAUUCGCACCUGCGCAAGUCACCAUCAGGAACGAGUGAGUCUUUGAAUCCGCAUCAACAAGCAAUUCGUGACGUAUCGUUGGUCAGCUUUCAAGGCUUCUUUCUCGAAGCUGACGUCCCCUUCCUGACUUGCUAGCUCUUCCAAGCACGCACAUCAUGCGGCCAUGGUCGCUCAGAAUGGUGGCAAUGGCGAGACGCGUGCGUAGGUGCUUUUGGGCACAAGGGCGCAUCCUGCCCCUGUCGUCAUCUGCUCGCUUCAGCUCAUCACCCUUGUCUCGUGUCACAAUUGCUCAUCAGACUUUUACGUAGAAGUGAUUUCGCCGGCCUUUGAGGGCAAAGUGAGUCAAAACCUUGAAAUGACACUGCGUCAGCUCGCUCAAAGGACACUAUUGGCGCAAAGCUGCGACUCAGAAGCCUCAUUCAAGGGCAUGCUGACACAUGCAUCUGACCCAUCAUCCUCUCCAGUCUCAGAUAGCACGACAUCGUGCCAUCAAUGCGCUCAUGGCCCCCGAGUUCGAGCGGGGUUUGCACGCGUUGAGCCUGAGGACCAAAACUCCUGAAGAGGUGGCCAAGGGCAGGUAG